AUGCGGUCAGUCGUGUUUUUAGUACUGCUGGCGAGUGUCAUCGCCGUUGAUCCACGAUGCGGUAACAAUGAGGUCCUUGUCCCUAGGAAUGGGGAGUCAUUUUGGUGUCUUUCCGAGACCGUGUUACAGCAGUUUCAACAACUUGAGCGAUCAAGGCGGUUCGAUGCAGAGUCGAACACUCGAUUCUUUCUCUGGACGCAACAAACCAAACCCGGAGAUCGCGAGGAACUUCCAUUAAACGACGUGGACGCAUUAAAGAGAUCCUCCUUCGAUCCCGCCAGCCCGACGCGCAUUCUCAUCCACGGGUGGCUCAACGACUGGACAGCGGAGGUUGUACGUGGGUUAUCCGAGACGUACGUCACUAGAGGCGCAUACAAUGUUAUCGGUGUCGACUGGUCCGCGGGAGCCUCCGCGAUAGUGUAUCUGACAGCGCGAAUGCGUGUAGGAGCCGUGGCCGAUGCAAUAGCCAUUCAGAUCCGAAUGCUGCUAGAAGCGGGUCAACACCCAUCGCAGAUCGUCCUCAUCGGGCAUAGUUUAGGAGCUCACAUCGCAGGUCUUACAGGGAAACAUUUCCAGACCGGCCCCAAACUAGCUGGCAUAGUGGCUCUCGACCCAGCCGGACCGUUGUUUAGCGUGGACGCACCUUCUGAGCGAGUUGAUGCGGCAGACGCACAGUAUGUCGAGGUUAUACACACCGACGGAGGUCUAUUGGGCCUGCGUUCGGCAUUGGGACAGGCCGAUUUCUUUCCCAACGGCGGACGAUCUCAGCCCGGGUGUCUGACGGACAUCUGCAACCAUCAGCGAGCGGUGGAGUACUACCGUCGAUCGGUGGCAAGCUCAAAGCCACUGUACGUCGCUCGACGAUGCGAUACGGACCAGGUUAACGAUAACUGUGACGGCGUACCGGCAGUUAUGGGAAGCGAUCUCAACGACAGAUACAAAGUAAAGACGAGCGGCUUGUUUUAUCUCGCAAUCGGUAAAUAAACAGCCUGUGAUGAUGAGUGUAGAAGGUAGAGCCCAAUAAAACCUUUCUCGAUGUAACA